GAAGAGAUGCACAUCCUAUUCCCCUUCGUUGCAGCUGGUUCAUUUGAUGUCACAGUCUUCAAACUGUAACCUGGAGCUGAGCUUUAAUAUACCUGUUGACUGCUGAAGAAAGAGCUCAGUGAAACAGAAAAGAUCUCCUCACAUCAACUCUAGCCCAUGGAAUGGGUGAAGUGGUGAUAUGAAUGACCCAAAACCUGACACAAAGACUGACCAAAAAGGCGACUCAAAGGGUAGCUCCAAAGGAGACCAAAAGACUGAUCACAAGGGUGACCAGAAGCCCAGCCUAAGGGUCCCCUCAGUGAAAAAUGUAGACUAUGCACAAAUCAAAGCCAGGGCACCAAGAGUUCUGGCAGACAUGGUACAAAUGCUUAUCAUAUGGCGGAAAAUGGGCUUCCAUGUGCCACGAGGGGUCAAGAAUAUCUUUGAGUUUACAUGGGAUGAGCUCCUGGUGACACCACCAAGAAAAUCAUUCGCUGGUUUAUAUUGUCCUGUGGUCAAGUUCGCUUCCAUGGAUGACACUGAUAUUUCCUCCACUCCUACUUCAAGAGCUCAGAAGGUGGGUCCUACACCCUCAAGGUUAAAACCGAAUUAUGUGACCCCUUCAUCUGAAGACCAACAGAUGCUCCUCAAAUUCCAAAAACGGUCUGUCCAUCUCCUCACUGAACUCCUGAAGAUGAAGAUGAAACUAAUGAUUGAAGCAGCUGCUGGCCCCAGUGCUGAGGAGAUUGCAAGGAGGUUUUUGGAAGGUGGCCAAAAUCUGAUCCCGAAAACACGCGAAGAUGCAGCUGAAUUCACACCCAAAGAACCUAGGAGGAGAGGACGUGGUAUGGCGCCAAUACUUCCAGCGAUUCCUGUUUCUUCCACCACCCAGCUGAUACAGCAGAUGUCAAUGAACUGUCUUUGCUUUCAGUUGUCUUUGAAGCAGCAAAAGGGUGCAGGUAAAGGUAAAGAGAAAGAGCCAGCUUAUGAUGAGAGACUUGAUCCAUGUCCUGAAGCUAGGGGGUUGCUCCGAGAAAUUUGCCGGACUAUAGCGGAAGAGAGGAAUGCAGCCAUAGCAAAAGGCCAUACGAGACCCCUAAUCCUGAGAAAUUACGUGACAAUCCACAGGUCACCGUCUCAGGCCUUGAAAAGGGCUUCAGUGUCCCUAGUAGCUUCUGAGGUCCGGCGUAUGAAAGGGAAGAAGUUAUUCUUUUCCUUUCCUGAUGGAACAUCCCUGAUGUAUUACCCAUCAGGAAGUGUUGCCGUCUACCAGUUUCCCAUAUGCUGUAUAGGGAAAACCAUCACCCUUCUGUUUCAGGAUGCUCCUAAUCAAGCUCUUCUAGGUACAAUUACGUCUCAGGGCCAUUCAUGGAUACGCUAUUGCUUUAAGGCCAGCUGUUCAAUAGCGCUGAUGAUGAAUAAUGAAGGAGGGAGCAUUAGAGACAAGGAUGGCUAUUUAACCCACCACUGGAACUGGUAUUCCAAAAACCAGAUUCUGCAGUCAUUAGACUAUCAGAUAAAUGAACAGCUAAAACUCAAGGUUGUUAAUCAAAGUUCAAUGACAAUUACUUUCACCGAGCAAAGUGAAAGCAUCACCUUGUCUUUGGUAAGAGAUGGAUGCACACAUAGAUCCAAAACUGAUAGGCAGCCGACUGGGAAAAGCACAGAAAGCGCUGACCAGGAAGGACAAUGGGUCAGAGCCUUAACAGAGAUUAAGAAGAGGUUUGAGAAGAUAGUGAGACAAUUUAUAAAUGGCAUUUUGAUGGUCUCAGGAAUAUGUUGUGUAGAAUAUCCAAUUGACCUUGCCCCUGCAAAGCAAGUGAAGUUUUUGAUAAAGGAGCCAGUAGUUCUGGCCUGGGAUCGAGUUGAUACCAGACCUUUGGCCGCUAAACGGAGAUCAGUUGUCAAGACAUAUCUUACACGGAAUCUUGCCUUUGAUAAGCCUUUCAGGGAGAAAUAUAGGCCUCCUUCGAGGGGCAAAGCAGAGGUGCCUGCACCUAAGGAUGCAGUUCGUCCACCAGAACCCUGGGCAAUUUCUCUUGCUGACUGUCCGGUCGUGCUACACAAAAUUAUGUCCAAAGACACAGAAGAUUUAUGCUGCAGGUGUGUGGUGAAGAUCCCAUUGAUUACAGACUUGGAAUUUGAAAAGUUUAUUACUGCCCCAAGAGACCCAGAUCAGGUCAUUGUGAUCUGUGUGCUGUCGCCUCAGAAUCAUUCCUACUCCCCUUUCUUUGAGUGGUGCAUCGAAAAUCUGUACAUACAAAUGCAACAUGGCCGUCCCUCACCUUGUAUUCAGUGCAAGCAUGAUCCCUUCCGCUUCCUGAGAUAUGAUCUUGAGUGCCCUCUAAACAAAAAUCCUCCUCUGCUUGUGCAGAAGCAUGCCGUUGUUCCUGGAAUGGUGGUAAUGUAUGCUGGAGGGAAGCCAGUCUUUGGGGGCUGUGUUUUCAACGGAUACAGCUUCAGCAAGAAAGACCUGCUGAAGCAGAUCAACCAAGUUUGCCUUGACUGCAAGAUGGGCCACUUCCUGCCACAGAGCUUCAAAUUUAGUCCCACUUUCGAAGAUCCAAAGAAGGUCACUGUCCCUGCCUUGGAAAGUUUUUAUAGUGAGCCUUUGCCUCUGGAAGAGCCCGUUCACGAGCAGCAGAAAGAGACGGAGAAGUCAAAACGUGGAAAGAAAAAAUCAAAGAAAUAGCAUACUGAGACUGGAAAGAUUUUUUGUUGUUGAUGACAUUGUGUAUAUAGAUAUAUAUAGUAUCACACACACUUAAUAUACCCAUACAGAUGCAGCUAACUAUAUUUUAUUCAUUACGAAGAAAGAGCCCACAAUGGACA